AGCCAGGGAACCGGCGGCGGAGCGCAACGCGGGAGCGAGAACAGCCACCGCCGGCACCAUGAGCCUGCUGGGGAAGCCUCUGCGCGUCUCUAUAGCCGCCGCCUGUUGCCUGCUGGUCCUGCAGGUGGACGCCUAUUUUGGCCUGACUGGGAAGGAAGCGUUGACACAAUUUCCUCUGCUGGGGCCCUCAACAAACCCUGCCCAUUGGAAGGCUCACUUGAAGCAAUGUGACCUGCUGAGGCUAUCCCGUAAGCAGAAAAGGCUUUGCCGCCGGGAGCCAGGGUUGGCAGAGACCUUGCGGGACGCCAUCCGGCUUGGAGUUGUUGAGUGCCAGUAUCAGUUUCGCAAUGAGCGCUGGAAUUGCAGCCUGGAUGGGCGAGCUGACCUCCUGAAGCGAGGUUUCAAGGAAACUGCCUUCCUGUAUGCGGUGUCCUCAGCGGCACUGACCCACUCCCUUGCCCGGGCGUGCAGUGCUGGGCGGAUGGAGCGCUGCACGUGUGAUGACUCGCCAGACUUGGAGAACCGCAAGGCAUGGCAGUGGGGAGUGUGUGGCGACAACCUCAAGUACAGCACCAGGUUCCUGAAGAAUUUCCUGGGCCAGAAGAAGGUUGGGAAAGACCUGCGGGCCAAGGUGGACAUCCACAACACCAAUGUGGGCAUCAAGGCUGUGAAAAAUGGCCUGAAGACCACUUGCAAGUGCCAUGGUGUCUCUGGCUCAUGUGCCGUGAGGACCUGCUGGAAACAGCUGUCCCCUUUUCACGAGACGGGAAAGCUCCUCAAGUUGCGCUACGACGGUGCCGUCAAGGUCUUCAGUGCCACCAAUGAUGCUGUGGGCCACUCGGAGCUGGUGAGCCCCCAGCACCACGGCCACUUAGCCAAAGGCCCUGCUGCUCCCCGCCCCACUGACCUGGUUUACAUGGAGGAUUCCCCCAGCUUCUGCAGGCCUAGCAGAUACUCGGUGGGCACUGCUGGAAGGAUGUGUUCCCGGGAGGCCAACUGUGACAGUAUGUGCUGUGGCCGGGGUUACAACAUCCAGACCCGCAUGGUCACGUUCUCCUGCCAUUGCCAGGUGCAGUGGUGUUGCUAUGUUGAAUGUCAACAGUGCAUGCAAGAAGAGGUGGUUUACAGCUGCAAGCAGUAAAGUUGACUCCGGCAACUGGAGGAAGAGGUCUGUUCCCUCCUUGGAUUGCACAAAAGGCUAGCACCUUGCUUGCUUCUUCAGUUUUCUCCUUUGUAUUGGAGAUGAAAGUUUAACAUUGGGCUGGAACUUCUAAGCUGCGGGAGUGCUGCAGCACUGGAGUUUGCUGUUCUAUGCACCAGCAGGGCACAGAGGAAGCGGAGUAGUGAUAGCAGCUAAACUCCAGGUGUGCCUCUGCCGUAGAAAGUGUGUUACUAGUGAAGAG